AUGGUUCAAAAGGAAGAAGAAAUGAAUGAGUGUGGUGCUCUCAGUGGUGACAAAGUGGAAAUGUCUUCAGUGUCACCACCUCAGGAGAAAGGAAGGAAGAAUAAGAGAAAGUUAGCUGAUCCUUCUCAACAAAAUACUGCUUCUCUGACGGAAUUCCCUCGAUAUGAGUCACCUACGUUGAAACCUCAGAACCAUUUGAGUGACAAUGGGCCGAUUGGGGAAGUUUCUAAUCCGCUGAAAGUUGAGGAGUCUGAAUCUGUAGGAUGGGAUGACCCAUUUGCCUGUCAUCUUGAAGAAUUGUUGUCAUCAAAUUUGCUCGCGCUCUUCCUUAAUGCAAUGAAGCAGGUUAUUGAUUGUGGUGUCUACACCGAUGAUGAUAUUCUGAAAGCUAUGUCAGGUAGUAGGCUCUAUUGUGGAGGCAAUGAUCUUGUGGCAAACAUUGUCAAUAACACUUUGAGUGUUCUCAAGAACGGAAACGAAGGUGCUGGUUCAAGAGAUUAUGUAUUUGAGGAUCUGCACCAACUUGUCUCGUAUACGUUGGUAGAGAUGAUAAGUCUUGUUAAGGAGGUUAGGCCGUCCCUGUCAACAGUUGAAGCAAUGUGGCGGCUUUUGAUGUGUGACUUGAAUGUCUUGCAAGCAUUUGAAGUUGAAGGCGAUGGAUUGGUGGAAUCUACUGCGAGUAAAUCAUCUGAAUCUGUUGGUGCUGAAUGUAAUCCUCCAAACUCUUGUGACCCAGAUAAAGCGAAGCCUCCACAAUCCAAUGCGCAAAGCAAUCAGAGUGAGACACUCAAAUUUGGAAACUUCCCAAAUACAGCCAACUCCAAAAACACUCAUUCUUGUGGAACAACAUCAGGAAAAGAAGUAUGUUCAAGAGUUAGCACUGUUUCUGGCGAUGGCAUUAAAAGUGCAUCUUUUACUCUAGUCUCUGAUGAAAAAUUGGUAUCUUGUCGGAAAGGCCGCACUAAAAAAGAAAUAGCCAUGCUCCGGCAGAAAUCAUGUGUGGAGAAGAUUAGGACUUACAGCAAAGGCAGUGGCUAUAAGGCGGCAAAGUUUGCAUCAGUCGGCAGUUUCCUUUUAGAGAAAAGAGUCAAAUCAGCUUCUGAUCCGAUGGGAAGAAAUUCUUCAUCAAAGAUAACAACAGAGAUUGGGGUGAAAGUUUCAUUGACUGAGGAUAGUAACGGUUUCUUACGUAAGAGCAUUACUAGGUUAGAUUCACCUGUAUGUGUGGUAGAUGCAAAGGGCUAUAUAACUACCAUACCUGCUACUUCUCCAACUUCUGUAUCACUAGCUUCAAAAAAAAAGUCUAGUUCUGACACUGCAACUCUGAUACCAUCAGCUUUAAAAAAGAAGUCUAGUUCUUCGGUACCAUCAGUUUCAGAAAAGAAGUCUAGUUCUGAGGCUGAAGAAAAGGCUUCAGUGUCUGCAAAGCUAGCACCAGAUUACUACGCUGGGAUCCCGUUUGAUGCAUCUCUGGGGGUAUAUGUUCCUCGGGAUAAAAAAGAUGAAUUGAUUCUAAAGCUAGUUCCUCGAGUGAGUGAUCUGCAGAAUGAAAUGCAGGUAUGGACUGACUGGGCUAAUCAGAAAGUAAAAGAAGCAACCGGUAGACUUCUUAAGGGCCAACCAGAGCUUAAGGCACUAAGGAAAGAACGAGAAGAGACACAACAGCAUAAAAGAGACAAGCAGGUAUUGGAAGAAACCACUAUGAAAAGGCUGUCAGAGAUGGAGUUAGCGUUGAACAAUGCGACCAACCAGUUUGAAAAAGCUAACAACACUGCUCGCAGGCUUGAGGUAGAACAAACUUUACUGAAGACAGAGAUGGAAGCUGCUAAGAUCAGAGCUGCUGAGUCUGCUGAGAGUUGUAGAGAAGCAAAAGAGAGAGUGCAAAUAUCAUUGAAGGAUACUCAGUUGUGGGAAGGGCAAAAGAUUCUGUUGCAGGAAGAGCUCAAGAGUCAAAGUGACAAGGGGAAAGUGCUGCAGAAAGAAGUUACCAAAGCCAAAAACCGCCAGAAUCAAAUCGAGGCUCUUUUGAAACAAGAAAAGACAGCCAAAGGGAAACUCGCUGCCCAGGCUUCUGCGGUAAAGAAAGAGAGAAAGGAACUUGAAGCACUUGGAAAGGCGGAAGAAGAGCGGAUCAAAGCAAAAGCAGAAACCGACAUCAAAUACUACAUAGAUAACAUCAAAAGACUUGAGAGAGAGAUCUCAGAGCUGAAACUUAAAUCAAACUACUCGAGAAUAGCUGCAUUGAAGAAAGGCGGCAAUGACUCAAAGGCAACAAAACUCGAGAAUCUUGGGAUGACAAAAGUGAAAAGAGAAAGAGAAUGUGUGAUGUGUUUGUCUGAAGAGAUGAGUGUGAUCUUCUUGCCUUGUGCUCACCAAGUUCUUUGCUUUAAGUGCAAUCAGCUUCAUGAGCAAGAAGGAAUGAUGGAUUGUCCGUCUUGUCGUGGGACAAUCCAGAGGAGGAUUCAAGCUCGCUUCGCUUUCGGCGGGUAA